UCUGAAACAAUUUCACAGUCGAGCUGAUGGUGGCAGACGCUUGACUAGACAGCCAGCCAGUACGCAUCACCAGACGGGUUACCUCGUUAGCUAACUGUUACGUUACCCCGGAACUGUAGAAGCUAAGUUGCUUACUUGCCUCUGGUGGCAAUCAAGCAAGUGUCUCUACUUGAGCUAGCGAUAUAACAUUACAUCGAAGCUAGCUGAUUAGUGUAUUGGUUGAUCAAAGACGAGGAUGGCCACCUCGUUGAACGUGUUCUUUGAAUUAAAGCUACAGGGAUGAUGUUAAGGUUUGUCGCGUUAGGUAGCCUCGGCGAGAUAUGCGUUUUGCAACAGGCCUGCCUGGCUAAUUUUACUUUGCAAUGUUUUAGAUAGCAGGCAGGGUUUGUUUUGGACAUGGUGGAAAGUGGAUUGGUUGGUUAACGGUAACGUGCUAACGUUAGCCAGCAUGAGGCAAGUCCAGAAAACGGUAACGACAAACACUCGUCAAAUGCCAGCCUUUACUUCCAGAAGUAAACCGUUAGUUAACAUGUUGUUGAGGGUAAAUGUGUCGCAAAAGGGCUGUCGUUAGCUCGCUAGAUAGCUGUCCAGCUAUUUAAGCUGGUGCUUUUGAAGAUGAUGUGUGUCGAUGGCCUAACGUUAUGUGAAGGAUGUGCCAUGCAAUGACCGAUGGUGCAAGCUGGCUAACAUCUACCUAUAGCUUGCACACAGUGUUGUACACUGCAUCCCUAACUAUUUGGAGACUAGAUCACAUAAUAACGUCUUAGAAGCUAACUUAACGCCUAGCAAAUGUUACCGAUUCCAUUUAUCAUGUGUCUCCUUAAGUGUGGUCAUGUCAGGUUUUUUUUUUUAAAAUGUGGUAACUUAGUGCUAACGUUAGCUAAUGUCAGCUUUGGUACGCUAAAAUGCUAUGCUAGCUGCUCACGUUAAACGUCAGUGCUCGUGGAAAUUGAAGAUAUCCUGAAUCUCGUGUUGACAGCUGUCGCAGGGCGUGUUAUCAACACAAGUGUUAUGGCGAAAAGGUGACACCCGAUCAGACGUCGUGUCGGGUGGUCGCCGGUAUGAGCAUCCAGCAGACCUGAUUCAGUGUGGUGUGGGAGAUGGUUGUAAAAUUCACCAUGCACAACCUUGAAAUUGACUUGGAUAUUCAGCUGACAGGUUGAUAAAACACUUGACACCAAUGAGAUAAGCACUGAUGUAGCAGUGUUGUGACAGUUGUCGUGCUCUCCCUCUACCUCCGGUCCCCAGUGCCUCACUGCAUGACCUCAGACAACAGAAAGAUCCUUGAGGGAAACCGCCCCUUCCUUAUCCAGGACCCCUUCCACUGGAGUCCAGACUGUGACACUUGGUAGCCACAGCAUCACAACCAUCUCAUCUCACCUUUCAGCUCAUCUUCAGCAGAGGAAACAGCAGAUUUUUCCACGCAGGAGUUGAACACCUCCACUGGCCCAAGUGGAGGUGUUGAAGUGCUGCCCCCCCCCUGCCCACCGCUUAUCUCUUUUAAUCUUUUAAGAAUACUUUUUUUCUCCUGGUUGGCUUGAGUCCGGUUCUGCCGGCCGUGUGACUUUUCAAAACUGGGGCGUGAUUCAUGGGAUGCAACCAUGUCGGAUCUCAGUGAGCGUAGGCCGGUCAACACGGACUACGCUGUCUCCCUGCUGGAGCAGCUCAAGUUCUUUUACGAACAGAAAUUACUGACUGACAUUGUGCUGCUGGUGGAGGACACGGAGUUCCCAUGUCACAAGAUGGUCCUGGCCACAUGUAGCUCCUAUUUCAGGGCAAUGUUCAUGAGUGGCCUCAGUGAGAGCAAACAGACCCACGUCCACCUGAGGAAUGUGGACCCUGCCACCCUGCAGAUCAUCAUCACCUACGCCUACACGGGCAACCUGGCCAUAAGCGACAGCACCGUGGAGCCGCUCUAUGAGACCGCCUGCUUCCUCCAGGUGGAGGAUGUCUUGCUGCAGUGCAGAGACUAUCUGGUGAAGAAGAUAAAUGCUGAGAACUGUGUCCGCAUGCUGAGCAUCGGCGACCUGUUCAGUUGCAGUGAGCUAAAGCAGAGCGCUAAGCGCAUGGUGGAGCACAAGUUCCCCGUGGUCUACAGGCAGGAGGCCUUCCUUCAGCUCUCCCACGAGCUGUUGAUAGACGUCCUGAGUAGCGACAACCUCAAUGUGGAGAAGGAGGAGACGGUGCGCGAGGCGGCCAUGCUGUGGUUGGAGUAUAACAUGGAGGCACGCUCGCAGCACCUGUCCUCUGUGCUCAGUCAGAUCCGCAUCGACGCACUGUCUGAGGUGACGCAGCGCGCCUGGUUCCAAGGUCUGCCACCCAACGACAAGUCUGUGGUGGUGCAGGGCCUCUACAAGUCCAUGCCCAAGUUCUUCAAACCUCGGUUAGGCAUGACCAAGGAAGAGAUGCUGAUCUUCAUGGAGGCCAUGUCAGAAACGCAGGGCGAUGGAUAUGUAAUGUCUGGAUCCUUGCCUACUACGGUAGUGUGUUACAGCCCACAGGCAGAGAAAGUUUACAAACUCAGCAACCCCCCAGGAGACCUGCAGAAGGUGGGGACCCUCGUUACACCAGACAACGAUGUGUUCAUUGCCGGUGGACAGAUCCCUCUCAAAAACUCUAUCACCAACCACGGCAAGAGUGGCAAGUUACAGGCGGUCUUCCGCUCGGUCGAUAGCUUCUUCUGGUUUGAUGCCCAGCAGAACGCCUGGGUACCCAAAACCCCCAUGAUGUGUGCCCGAAUCAAACCCUCGCUGGUGUUCUGCGAGGGCUACAUCUAUGCAAUCGGGGGAGAUAAUGUUGGAGGAGAGCUGAACAAGCGCACGGUGGAGCGCUACGACUGCGAGAAGGACGAGUGGAGCAUGAUGAGCCCCCUGCCCUUCGCCUGGAACUGGAGCACGUCUGUGGUGGCGCACGACUGCAUCUACGUGAUGACCCACGACCUGAUGUACUGCUACUUCCCCCGAGCGGACACCUGGGUGGAGAUGGCCAUGCGCAAAACCAGCCGCUGUUUCGCCUCUGCAGCUGCCUUUGGUGACCUCAUUUUCUACAUCGGCGGCCUCCACGUGGUCAGCAACUCUGGCAUCCGCAUGCCCACGAGCACCAUCGACGGCUCCUCUGUCACCGUGGAGAUCUAUGAUGUUAACAAGAACGAGUGGCGCCUGGCCGCCAACAUCCCUGCCAAGCGCUACUCGGACCCAUGCGUGCGGGCAGUGGUGCUGCUCAACUCACUGUGCAUUUUCAUGCGUGAAACGCACAUGAACGAGCGCGCCAAGUACGCUAUCUAUCAGUACGACAUGGAGCUGGACCGCUGGUACCUGCGGCAGCCCGUGUCCGAACGCGUGCUUUGGGAUCUGGGCAAGGACUUCCGCUGUGCGGUGGGGAAGCUGUACCCCUCCUGCCUGGAGGAGUCCCCCUGGAAACCCCCAACCUACCUCUUCUCCCCCGACGGAGCCGAGGAGUUUGAGGUGGACGGGGAGCUGGUGACCCUCCCGUAUAGCUCUUAAGCUCCCCUCCCCUACCUCGCUGACUGAACCAGGAAUAUGUAAUGCUGAGGGAUGAACAUGAAAAGGGGGUGGGGGGGGGGCAGAUCAGAUCUCUGACAUAUGAAAGGGUUUGACGUUAUCUGUGUUGUGGAGGGAUCUCUGGACUUUGGAGGCUUGCAUUAGCUACAGCUGUUACUGAUGAACAAUGCAGCCUUAAACAAGCUUGGAGAGGAAAAAGACGCCCUUAAAAAUACUAGUAAUCUGAAAACUUCUGGUUUUUGGUUCUUUUUUUCCCCCCUUCUUAUUUUGUCAGUUGUGACAUCUAUUAGAUAUUAUUACAAGUCUGUCAUACUGUUUCUACAAUGUGAUAAUCUAAACGUCAACUGAUUUUUGUGAUGAUGAGGGUGAUGAUGCACUUAACUGGUAAACCUUCUUGGAAUAACAAUGGCAACUGUACCAAAAUCUCCCAGCCUCCCCUCCGAUUGUGGCUUCCCUCUCUCCUCUUUUUCUCUUCUCUCACCACUGAUAAAGGAAUACGCCACUGAAAAUCUAUCAUUAGAGUAUCAGAAACAUUCCCUGUAGGCUUGAAAAGUUGUAGCCGAGGACAGCAGAUCAGUCAGUCAGCUUUGAUUCACAGCAAUAAAAAAAUAAAUAAAAAUAAAAGUAUCAAAAUGAUAUGUAGAAACUUCUUAAACCACUCCUCUUCACUAAAUGUGCUACUUUCUGGUGGAGCUUUGGCACUACAACGAGGUGACGGCACAACGUGAAAGAUGUGUAUUGGAAGAUACUGAACAUAUAGAUCAGUCGAUAAAGUAGCAGGAGUGGUUUGAAAAGUUUUAAUGCCUGUUUUGAUAUUGACCUUGAAUGUUCAUUACUGACCUUGGAAAUGGUAGUUUAACAAAAAAUUGGUAGCACAUGGUCCAUGAAAUGUGGGUCAAAGUUUGGGAAAAUUUCCAGUAAGUGGACUGUUUAAAAAUCCUGUAAAUGUUCGUGUCUCACAAGAAAAACAUACAGAUGCUAUAUAAAUACUAUUUCCGAGGUCAUAAUAUGUUUUGACUUGAGCUGCAUCUAAAGAUUAUUUGCUUGGAGGAUUUAUCUGUCCACAAUUUUUCUAAUUAAUUGGUUAAUGCUUUGUCUAUAAAAUGUCAGGAAAGUCGAAAGUGCCCUCCACAAGUUCCCAAAGCCCAAGCUCACAUCUUUUAAAUAGCUUGAUUUGUCAGUCCAACAGUCCAGAAUCCAAAAAGUCUUCAAAUUUAUAAUGAUCUUAAACAGAUUGUCACAUUUGAGAAACUGGAACUAGAGAAUGUGUGUUGUUGUCAUUUUAGCUUUUAGAAAUCACUCAAAUGUAGAGCUGAAACAAGUAGUCGAUGAGUUGAUAGAAUAAUUUGUCAUUUUUCAAACAAAAAUGUCAAACAUUUUCUGGUUCCAGCUUCUCAAAUGUGAGGAUUUGAUGAUUUUUCCUUUUUGAGUUGUGGACUGUUGGUUGGACAAAACAACAAGCGAUUUGAAGACAUCGAUUUCAACUGUGGUAACUUGUGAUGGAUAUUUAUUUAUUUUAUUCUUUUAAUAUUUUUUUUACUAUUUUCUGACAUUUUUAUAGACCAAAUAAUUCAUCAAUAAUGAAAAUCAUCGUUAGUUGCAGCCAGGGUGGGAAAUUAAUUAACUUUAAAAUGUGAACAUCUACCAGCCACUGACAGAUAAAUGUUCAAAUUCACCAGCCACUUCAUAGUAAAUCAUUAUUUUGUGUUUGAAAUCUACCAGCCACUUUCAUAUUUUACCAGCAUUUUACCAGCAUUUUACCUGCUUGCAGCUCUUUAGACAGGUUUUGUUGCUGUGGUUCUGGAUCUCCAUUGUAACUACAGGGAAUCCAGACUACUACUGUCCUCCACAAAUGAGCAAAAUACAAACCACCUUUAAAAGCUUACAGGUGCAAGUAUUUAAUACUCCAAAGAUAGAUUUUAGAGUGGUCCUUUUAAAAAAAAAAAAAAAAAAAAAAAAAAAUUAAAAAACAGGAUCCAUCUCUUUCUUCAAAAGGCCCCGCAGACGAGAGGAACAGGGGCCGUGGUUUUCGGGAGGGGUGGGAGGGCUGACGGGGGGGAAAACGUGAGAGGCGGAGAGGGUUUAAAAGAAGGUGACUGCAGGUCCGGUCACCCAUCACCUCUCCUCCCUCACCGCUCGGUCCUCCACCCUGACUCCACUAUAGCGCCUCCGCAGCCUGUCUGUCAGUCUGUUUGCACACAGGUCUUCCACACAGCUAGCAGUUUACACCUCACUCCAUCCACUGUCACAUCAUCAUGAUACUUUGUUUUUCUUUCCACGAGCGUUUCUGCAAAUACACACAACUCCACUCUCAUAGGUUUCGGGCUCAUGCAUUUUAUUUUAUUUUUUAUUUCCAAGCUGCUGAAAUAUAUAUAUAUAUAUAUCUAUAUAUAGUAAAAUAUAUAUUUUUCAUACGUUUAAAAGACAACUGUUUUAGUGUGGGGAAAAUAACCAGGUCUAUUUUGUAUUAGUGUCUUUUUUUUAAUUUAAUAUCAGACAUUACUGUAGUGUGAUUGUGGGUAGAUAUCCAUUUUCUUAUCAGAUAAAAUUUUUCUCGAGUGAAUAUUGAGGAAUCUUGCUGCUGAUUGGUUGCGAGAGGAGAGGGCUGGCCCACGGCUGUUGCUAUGGUAAUUGGCCCCAGCAACUGCUAGCAGUAGUGGAGAGGGCGGGUUGGGGAAGGAAGGGGUCUUCCUUCUACCUUAAAAACAUGAGCACAGGUGCUUCAUGACAAACCUUACUAGCAUGUUUGGCUGCAUCAUAUUCCUUUGGCACUGUAUUUUGAAUGAACGUUAAUUUAUUAAAAAACAUACCAAAAACGUUCCUGAAA